AUGCAGGCAGCGGAGCAGAGCGUGCAGGCCAAAGGUGACUUUGUGUCUGCAGGCACGAGCGAAAGUUGGCGAUCGAGUCGCGAUGUCCUCGGCCGGGUAAGAAGCGGUCGGUGGACGUCGGCGGCGGCGGGCGCGACGUGGCGGCGCGGCGACGUCGGCGGCGCCGGCGGAGGCGUGCCCCGUCGGGCCAAUGGCGCGCCCCCGCCCGCCGUCCCGCCCGCGCCGCUCGACACCCAGCUCGCCAGUAGAGUUCCCGUUCGGCGGGACGGGCGCGGACUUUACGCGGGCACCUUCGGGCUGUGUCGACGGAGUGCAGCGCGGCGAGUGCCAGGUACAGUGUCCACGCCGCCGACCAUCCGCCCUCCCCCCGCGCACCGCUCGCCGCUGCCGCCCGCGCGUCGCCGCCUCCUCGGAGAGCGGCCCGCGGCGCUCUUGUCGACUAUUCACCUCGAAUGCCUUAAAGCAUCCAUACAU